CAAGAACAUAUCCCUUUCUGAUCUCAAAUCAAGAACCCAGUUUGCGAUUUCAUUUUCCAUGAUCGCCAUUUACGCCUCAAUUCCUCUCUUUAUCAGCUGAUUGCAAAUUCAUAGAUCAAAUCAAGCUCUCUCUACAUAUUAAUUUCAUAAAGGUCUUGUAAGAUGCAUGAUUGCCGAUGAAGGAUUCAUCGGCGCCAUAAUAGAAUGGCGGAACAGACUGGGAAGGAGACAUCUUCAUCUGAAGAUGAUCGUAAGAAGGAAGAAACGGAAGAAAAUGCCGUAGUAGAUCCCGAACUAUUUAGUUGUAUGCUUCAGCCUUUGACCUCCGAUUCAGACACUGAUUACAUUGGAAUUCGCCGUCUUCUUCUCUAUCGCAAGGCUAAUUCUGGCGUUCUCCGCCGCAAGGAUUGGAGAUGCAAUGGCAAAGGUUAUGUUGCAUACCGCAAUUAUAUCAAUAGGCCAAGGAAUUGGGAAAGGUUACAAACAAAUAGCCUCUCAGGCACUCCAGGACAGAGUGGACGAUGGAUGUCAUCUCCAAGUGUUAUCUCCAAUUUGUUCGAGAUGGAAAGCUGGAGUUCUAGUAGGGACCUGCGAAGUGGCAGUCAUGCUCUGAGUCACAGCCCAAGUUGCGGCUCAAAUGCUAGUGAUAGUGAUUUGAUCCGCAGAAAAAUUGAACCUGCAUAUUCUUUUGUAGGAAUGCAAUGCAUCUUUGACCAAUGCAAAUCCAUGGUUACGGUUAUAAAGUUUGGCCAUAUGAGUUCAGACCUACUUGCUUAUGGGGCAGCAGAUGGAACCUUGACUGUUUGCUCUGUGUCCGAUCCUCCUUCUGUUAUUGGGAAAUUAAUUGGGCACUCGAAAGAUGUCACAGACUUUGACUUCACUUCCAACAAUCAAUAUCUUGCAUCUUCAUCUAUGGAUAAAACUGUGAGAGUAUGGGAAAUAUCCAAGGCGCUCUGCAUUCGUGUAAUAUAUGGAGUCUCUCCUCAACACUGUCUUCGUUUCCAUCCUGUGAAUAACAAUUUCCUCUCUGUUGGCAAUGCAAACAAAGAGAUAACUGUGUUCAAUUUCAGCACAGGGAGGAUAAUUAAUAAAGUUUCUCUUAAUAAUGAGAUUACAGCUAUGGACAAUGAUCAUACUGGUCAACUCAUCUUCUGUGGAGAUUCCCAGGGACAUGUAUAUACUGUUUCUAUGAACUCUCGUACAGGCACAUUGUCACGUAGUCACCGCAACCGAAUUAGCAGUAAGCAUAAAUCUCCAGUCACGACCGUGCAGUACAGAACGUUUUCUCUGUUGGCACGUGGCCCUGUAUUGCUCACAUUUAGCCGUGAUGGAAGUCUUUCAUUCUUCAGUGUUUCACCGGAGAUACAAGGUUAUUUAACUUUGCGUUGCUCUCUCAAGUUGGCUCCACGAUUACACAGCAUUCGUGCAUCUUUCUGCCCUCUGCUUUCACUUGAAAAAGGAGAAUAUAUAGUUGUUGGGAGCGAGGAUGCGAAUGUUUAUUUCUACGACUUGACUAAACCCAAACACCCGUGUGUCAACAAGCUGCAGGGACAUAGUUACCCGGUUAUUGGCAUUUCUUGGAACCAUGGAGAGAACUUGUUGGCUUCUUCUGAUUUUGGUGGCACUGUUAUUGUAUGGAAAAGAGCAAAGAGUGGCUAAAAUGAAAAACAAACUUUUUUUUCCUCUUUUUUUUUUUGACCUAUUAAUACAAAAGAAAUUGUUCACAUGUAGAAAAAAGUUCAAAAAACACUACAUAUUAGGAAGAAGUUUUUCCUUUCUAUGUAUUUUUUGCCAUUGUUUUGAAUCCAGCAAUACUAUAUACUUUCAUUGUAUCAUAGACAAAGAAGGGAUGCACUUUUAGGCAUGUUAGCAACUAUCAGUUGUAUUUUAAUAUCUGGUUACAAAUAAAUCUGACUUUUAUUA